AGUCAUAAUGGAAUGUGUAAUUACAGAAAAACUGUCAAAAUAGAAACUGAAGAUUAUAGGUUAGGAAUUUUAUUUUAUUUUCAUUUUGAUAAGAUUGUUUUACAAUUACCAUUACGUAAGUAAAAUGGCAAUGUUCAUGAAAUAAGGAAAAAAUACUGGAAUAACUUUAAUAUGUCUCAUUCUGAAAUUGUUGUUGUUGGCUCUUGCAUGAUUGAUUUUGUUAGGCUACCAAACGUAGGUGAAACUAUCCAUGGAAAAGAGUUUGUUACGAAUUUUGGUGGUAAAGGUGCCAAUCAAUGUGUAGCAGCUGCAAAACUUGGUGGAAAAACUGCAUUAGUUGCUAGAGUUGGAGAUGAUGUCUGGGGCCCAAAAUAUGUGCAUAAUUUGAAUAAAGAACAAGUAAAUACACAAAAUAUCAAGUCAACAGAUAAUACAUCAACUGGUGUUGCUCAGAUAAUAGUUUCCGAAAAGGGAGAAAAUCAGAUAGUUAUUGUUGCAGGCGCCAAUGGAAAGCUAAGCGUAGAAGAUGUUGAGGAGGCUCAAAACAGUAUCACCAAUGCCAAAGUUCUUGUAGUACAGCUAGAAACUUCAGAGCAAGUAGCUAUAAGAGCUAUACAAUUCUGUAGAGGAAGACGCUGAAACUGCAGCACUUGAACUUCUUUCAAGAGGAUGUAACAGUGUUCUUAUAACAUUAGGUGCCCAAGGAGCCAUUUACGUUGAUA